AUGAAGCCUAUCUCAAUUCUCUUCCUGGCUGGCAUCGCCGCCGCAGCUAUUACAGACGCGGGUCUCAUCGCUACCCGCGACGAGGUUGCCCGAGACCUUGAGGCCAUCACGGGAAGCCCUACUCUUGUUGAUAGAGACGAACAAGAUUCAACUUUACAUCCAUUUGCGAUUGAAGAUAGAGCAGAGGAGGAUGAUGAGAAUGAUCUCACCACCCGUGACAUUGAGGAGGCUGCCACUUUUGGCGAGCUCAUAGCACGUCAGGCCAACAAUACCGCCGCAGGAGGCGGCAAGAAAAACGACGGGAAGAACAACAACGACGGCAAGAAGAAGAACAACAACAAUUGUCAAGGAUGCGCCAAGGGAAAGAAGAGGGGCAAAGACGCAAAGGGCAAAGCAUGCAGAUGCAAGAACACCGGAAAGAAAAAUAACAAUGCCGACAAGAACAACGGCAAGAAGAAUAAUGGUGCUGGUGGAAACAAAAACAAUGGUACGGCCGCAGACAACGGAAAGGGGAAGAACAACGAUGGGAAGAAGAACAACGGCAAGGACAAUAACGACGGCAAGAAGGACAACAAUGGCAAGGCGAAUGGAACUGCCAACGCCGGCGCCAAUGCCGGCACCAACAAAAAUAACAACGAUAAGGAUGGCAAGAAGAACAAUGGAAACGCGAAUGCCGAUAAGAAUAAGGGCAAGGAUAACGGCAAGGGAAACCAGGCUGGAAACAAGAACAACGGUACAGCGGUUGACGACGGCAAGAAGAAGAACGGAGGUAACGGCAAAGAAACUGGCAAGAAAGCCAACUUGUCCACGGGUGCUGGAGUUGCCGCCGCUGAAGCUGCCUAG